AUGUCUAUGAAUCGGCUCAACACAGACACACCUAUGCGGCGGCGCGAGGGCUCGCUGCUGUCGCCCGUUGCUUACGAUGACGACGCCGCGUCCCUCCACUCGCGUAGUGACCAGGACUCGGACAGCGACGACGAUCAGCUGCAGCAGGCGGCGCGCAACAGCCGCGAGCUGCGCGCCCACGACCGGAUCGUCCUGGUGGAGGAGGAGGACAUUGAUCGCCUCGUCACCGACACCCGCAAGAAGCAGGAGCGUGAGCGCCGCGGGUCCGGCCUCGCUGUGCCUAACCCUCUCAACCUCUUCCGCCGUCCUAGCCUGUCCGGCAUGUCUCUAUCCUCGGCGGCCAGCUCCACCGAGGACCUGCACGCAGAGAAACGCAAACACCGGCGCUCGAGGCGCCAGCGUAAGAGAGCGGCGCUGAUGGAGCGUGCGGAGCACGGAGAGGACGGCGAGCUCAUGUACGAGAUGGAGGAGGGGGGUAUGAAGGACGGCAGCACCACCGGCGAUAGCAGCGACCGAGACGACAGCGACGAGAUGGAUAGGCGACAUCUAGGGAUGAUGGCGCAGGAGAAUGUACAGAGGCGACGCAGCUGGAGGCGCUGGCUUCUUAUCCAUGCGCUGAUUGCGAUUGGAUUUACCAUUCUUGUGCUUGUCGCUUGGAAGUUAUCCAAGGCAAAGAAGCACAACGGUGCCAUUGUCAAAGAUCGCUUUGUUAGCAAUGGCACGGCGUUGUUCGGACCGACGACCCUGGUCAUUAGCUUGGAUGGGUUCCGCGCUGACUUUUUGAGCCGCGGGCUGACGCCACGCUUGAAUGCCUUUGUCAAGGAAGGAAUCUCGCCGAAAUACAUGCUUCCGUCAUUUCCAUCGGUGACGUUUCCGAACCACUACACGCUGGCAACCGGACUCUACCCCGAAGCACAUGGCGUCGUCGGCAACACGUUCUGGGACCCAGAGCUCAAGGCCGAAUUCUUUUACACCGAUCCCGAACGCAGCCUGGAUCCCAAGUGGUGGGGAGGUGAGCCAUUUUGGGCCACAGCAGAGAAACAGGGAGUAAGAAGUGCUGUUCACAUGUGGCCCGGAAGCGAAGCUCACAUUCUCGAUAUUGAGCCCAGCGUACUGGACAAGUACAACGGCAACGAGAAACUUGACAACAAGGUGACAAGAAUCAUGGAAUUCUUAGACAUGCCCGGCAAGGAAGACGAAUCUGCCGAUCCCGAAUACUGGCGUCCGCAGCUCAUUGCUGCCUACGUUCCCGAUGUUGAUGCAGACGGACACAAGUACGGCCCUAACAGCACCGAAAUUCGCACCACGAUCCAAGCCGUGGAUACGAUGAUGGACAAUAUAUUCCAGGGCUUAGAGACGCGCAACCUUACCCACAUUGUCAAUGUCGUGGUCGUUUCGGAUCACGGCAUGGCCACAACCGAUAGGACGAGACUGCUGCAGCUCGAGGACCUGGUCGAUACGGGCAAGAUUGAACACACAGACGGCUGGCCGCUGAUGGGAUUACGACCAAAGAACCCCGAAGACACGCAAUCACUGUACGAUGGGCUAAAGGAAAAAGCGAAGUCGACCCCCGGCAUCGAGGUGUACAUGCGAGACGUAGAUAUGCCUGAGCGCUACCACUUUUCCAAGAAUGAGCGCAUUGCGCCACUUUGGAUUGUGCCCAAAACAGGCUGGGCCAUUGUCAAGAAGGACGAGUUUGAUCUCGCAACGGUUGCGGAUGACGAGGUGUAUCACCCGCGUGGCCUGCACGGCUACGACCAUGAGCAUCCCUUGAUGAGGGCUAUCUUUAUCGCCAGAGGACCAGCAUUCCCGCACCCGGCGAACAGCGAAAUGACACCAUUCCAAAACACUGAGCUGUACAAUCUGCUGUGCGACUCGGUUGGUCUCACACCUCAGCCAAACAAUGGCACUUUAAGGCUGCCUUUGAAACCCAUUGGCACACAUACGGAAGAGAUUGCAGAGGAACAAGACCCUAUGCCGAUGGAAAGUGACACUGAAUCAGUGUUGUCAUCCGCAAGUGUGCCGCCAUCGAGCAUGAGUAGCAGCAUGACUGAGGCGUCACCUUCUCCGACUCCAGUGAGCGCGACCGAAGCGCCGGCGGCACCCGCGGCGACGGACGAACCCCAGCAACCUAAAACCGGUAGCGGGGACGAUGGCGAAGAAGCCAACGAUGAGCAAAACCCCAGUCUAGUAGGUUCGAUUGUGGGCGCUGUGGGGGAUGCCUGGGACUGGAUCACAGGGCAGGCUGGCAAGGUCUGGAAUGGCAUUAUCGGUGGUCCACAGUGA